CGUUGAAAGGAAUAAAAAUCCAGCAAGAAAUAUUUUAGUUGCUGCAGUACAAGCAAUGUUUCCCUUUUUAUAGGACAAAUUAAGAGCAGUUUUUUUCUUACAUCUGCAUGUGUGUCCACUUUUUGGCAAUUAGCUUUGGCCCUCGGUUUCUUGGCUGCAUCUCUCUUUCACUGACAGUCGGUCACUGUAAUUUAUAUGACUAAUAUUUCUUUUCAUUAUAAAAAAUUAUACCAGUACAGAUAGAUUGCUUGCUUGUGUAGUUGUUUUGUGUCAAAAAGAAGAAGAGGAAGAAGAGGAUAAUAAUGGUAGUGGAAUUACAGAGCAGUAGUGGAACAGAACAGGGCAAGGGUAGAAGAAACCAAACAUAUGCCAACGUGGAAUUUGUGGGGAUCAACCAAAACUUAAAACCCACAUUCUCAGAUCUCUAGGAUUUCAGAAUUUCAGGUUCCACUAUCAUGUUUGCUUGUUUCUCGAGAAAAUUCUUUUUUUCUGAGGUGGGCGUUGUUAUGUAAGAAAGAAAGUGAUUUUGGUUUCUUUUGGAGAUUUGCUCAAAGUGAGAGUUGCAAAAGGGACCAUUUUCUUGUUCUGGAAGUGUAUUAGGUUUUGCCUUUUUUUUUAUGUGCUUCUUCUGAUUCUUAUAGGUAAGAAAAGGGGUUAUCUUUUUAUGUUAUUUGCAUUACAGAACAAGUUCAUAUAGCAGAACGUGGCUUUUGGGGUUGGUGGACAAGCUUUGAUAAAAGAAGAGUAGUUGGAGUUUUGCAAAGUGAAUGAAGUGAGGGUCAAAAAGUAUCCAUGGAAAGUAGGCGGAGUUUUGGGUUCUGCACAGUGGUAUUUCUGGUUUUGGCAUUGAUGGAGAUUUCUUCUGCCACUCUUUCUCCUACUGGUAUAAACUUUGAAGUGGUAGCUUUGGUGGCCAUAAAAACUGCUCUACUCGACCCAUAUAAUGUUCUGGAGAAUUGGGAUAUCAAUUCUGUUGAUCCUUGUAGCUGGAGGAUGGUUACUUGCUCCCCAGAUGGAUAUGUUUCUGCUUUGGGACUUCCUAGUCAGAGCUUAUCUGGGACUUUAUCUCCGUCUAUCGGCAAUCUCACUAACCUGCAAUCAGUGUUGCUGCAGAAUAAUGCCAUUUCAGGUCCUAUACCUGUUGCAAUUGGCAAGCUGGAGAAGCUUCAGACACUUGAUCUCUCGAACAAUACAUUUAGUGGAGAUAUGCCCACUUCUUUGGGGGACCUCAAGAACCUGAAUUACCUGCGAUUAAAUAACAAUAGCCUUACUGGACCCUGCCCCGAGUCUCUGUCCAAUCUCAAAGGUCUCACACUUGUGGAUCUUUCAUUUAACAAUCUGAGCGGUUCCUUGCCAAAAAUAUCAGCAAGAACUUUCAAAGUUACGGGUAAUCCUUUAAUAUGUGGACCUAAGGCCAGUAACAGCUGUUCUGCUGUCUUUCCAGAGCCUCUUUCUCUCCCACCAGAUGGUCUGAAUGGUCAAUCCAGCUCUGGAACAAAUGGUCACCGUGUGGCUAUUGCUUUUGGUGCAAGCUUUGGUGCUGCCUUUUCCACCAUAAUAGUUAUUGGGUUACUUGUUUGGUGGCGAUAUAGACACAACCAGCAAAUUUUCUUUGAUGUCAAUGAGCAAUAUGACCCAGAGGUAUGCUUGGGCCAUGUAAGAAGGUAUACAUUUAAGGAGCUGCGUACUGCAACUGAUCAUUUCAGUUCAAAGAAUAUUCUCGGGACAGGUGGAUUUGGCAUUGUGUACAAGGGAUGGUUGAAUGAUGGAACUGUGGUGGCUGUCAAAAGGCUGAAGGACUUUAAUGUUGCUGGUGGUGAAAUCCAAUUCCAGACAGAAGUAGAAACCAUAAGUUUGGCUGUCCAUCGAAAUCUUCUAAGGCUCUCCGGGUUCUGCACAACUGAGAAUGAAAGGCUUCUUGUUUACCCCUAUAUGCCGAAUGGAAGUGUAGCAUCUCAAUUAAGAGAUCAUAUUCAUGAUCGACCAGCUUUGGACUGGGCAAGAAGAAAGAGGAUAGCUCUAGGUACAGCUAGGGGGCUCCUAUAUUUGCAUGAGCAAUGUGACCCCAAAAUUAUUCAUCGUGAUGUCAAAGCGGCCAACAUUUUAUUGGAUGAGGACUUUGAGGCAGUUGUUGGAGAUUUUGGGUUGGCAAAGCUUUUGGAUCACAGAGAUUCCCAUGUGACCACAGCUGUUCGUGGCACCGUCGGUCAUAUUUCUCCGGAGUAUUUAUCAACAGGUCAGUCAUCGGAAAAGACUGAUGUGUUUGGGUUUGGGAUCUUGCUUCUUGAGCUAAUCACAGGUCAGAAGGCAUUAGAUUUUGGAAGGGCAGCAAACCAGAAAGGCGUCAUGCUUGAUUGGGUGAAGAAGCUCCAUCAGGACAGAAAGCUAAAUCUCAUGGUGGAUAAGGAUCUUAGAGGCAAGUUUGACAGAAUUGAAUUAGAAGAAAUGGUUCAGGUUGCUCUUUUAUGUACUCAAUUUAAUCCUUCUCACCGGCCAAAGAUGUCUGAAGUACUAAAGAUGUUAGAAGGUGAUGGUUUAGCUGAGAAAUGGGAAGCCUCACAAAAAGUGGAGACCCCAAGGUUCCGAUCAUGUGAAAACCCUCCUCAAAAAUAUUCUGAUUUUAUAGAAGAAUCCUCCCUUGUGGUAGAAGCAAUGGAGCUUUCUGGUCCUCGGUGACUAUCAUUUCUUCCUCAACACCUCCUUGCGUGAUCAAACAUGAAGUUGCAAAACUUUGAAAAUGAAAAAUAUGUAAUAUUGUUGAUAGUUGUUGAGUGCAUGUAUUCAUCUGUAAAAAGCGAAAGGAAAGCCAUGUAUAAAACAAACAUCUCGGUUCUUUCUUGGAAGAUGAGUUUGAGCUGAUUGCUCCCAGCUGAGAUCUCUGGAAAAUUUUGGAAAUGUGUUUGUGAUUAUAGAGACCUGAAAUUUAAUUUA